AUGAGACCGAGACCAAGACAAAAUUUUGAUCAAUUGUUUGGUUUUCAAUAUGAUUCACAAAGAAUCGAACCAAUAUCUGGUGUUUCACCACAAGGUAGAUUUCGAACCAAAAGUGACAAGAAUAUAUUCAUUUCAUUUACGUUUCCUUUGAUAACAGGUAUUGAUUUACUUGGUAGUCUUUUAUCUUUUGAUCCUCGUCAACGUCCAACUACCGAGGAAGCUCUAGCACAUCCGUUUCUGAAUCAAUAUCAUUCUCUAGACAAAGAACCCACUACAGGCCAUAUUGUUGACGAGCAUCAAGAUGUAGAACAUAGUGUACUAGAAUGGAAAUCUAUUAUUUGGCACAUGAUUCAAAAUUUUGUUCCACCAUCUUGGGAUUAA